AUGUAUACACAACAAAAACAAACACAAACACAAACACAAAAUGUUAACAAUAAUCAAUCACGAAUAAUACCAUCUUCUUUUUCUUUUCAAUCAUCACAAUCAAAUAAUAAAGUAUAUAAACCAAUACCAUUGAAAGAGAUGGAAUUAUUUUUAUUCACUAUACCAAGUAAAGAAAAGACUUUAAUGUUAACAGAUUUAGACGAAAAUACGACAAAGAAGGAUAUAGAGAUAGCAUUUUCAAGGUUUGGUUUAAUCUAUGAUAUUGUUGUUUACACAAAUAAAAACUCUAAGCGAAUAUUAGGGUUAAUUAAAUAUUGUCUUGAAAACAGUGCUAUAUCAGCACUGAAUCAUCAUCAUACCAUUGAAAAGAUAAAAAUCAAUGGGAGAGAAUGUACAUCUGUAGUAUUAUCAAGUUUUAAAAGUGACAAACCCUUUGAAAUACCAUUUCCAAAAUCAUUACAAAUUAUCAAUCAUCUUUUAGGUUUUAAUCAAUGGUCUACUGAAAUAGAUAGAUUCGAACAUGAAUACACUCGAGAGAUUUUACUUGAAACUGAUUUAAAUGGUGUACCACUACAAACACCAAUUAGAAAAUAUGAAUCGAAAUGGUAUGCUUUGGUUUAUUCAACAUUCAAACAAAUUGACGUUAGAAUUAGUACAGUUUCACAUGGUGUUGGUGAAGACUCUUGUAAGAUUGAGGCAACUAGAAAUGCUAAAAAGGUUGCAGUUUCAAAUUCAAGAAAAUUAGCAUUCACAAAAAUUGGUAUACUAAUCAUUAAGGAUCAAUCACCAAUACCCUGUAUAUUAGAUCAAGACUCAAUAGUAGAUAGUAGUUCAAAUAAUUUUAACUCUGAUUGUAAUCAAUAUAUGUUUGAUAAUAAUUUAAUUCAAAAUGAUGAAAAUGAACAACAACAAGAAGAAGAAGAAGAACAACAACAACAAGAAGAAUUUGAUGAAAAUGAAUUUCAAAAUAAUGAUAUAGAUUUCGAUUUUGAUACCAAUGAUAGUAACCCAACUGAUUUAGAUGUUGAUGUUGAUGUUGACAUUGAUACUGAUGUUGAUUUUAGUUCUGAUAUUAAAAUUGAUGAUUCUAAUGUUGAUGCAGGUGUUGAUAUUGAUGUUGAUAUUUCAAUACCUUGA